AUGGACUCAUCUUAAAAUUUCCUAUAAUAAAAGAACUCAAAAUACGAUCAGCCCAACCUUAGCUAAAAAUCCCCUGUGCUUAAUCAAACUUCACAACAAUAUCAUUUAAAUCAAAGAUUCAACUAUAAUCAAGCCUAGAGAAAUAUGGAUGAUAUGAUAACUCCUCAGGGAAACUAAAAUGGUCAAUAGAUUUACCUUUAAUCUUAACUGAUUCUUUAGUAAUAGUAAUAGUUGAUGAAGGAAAAUAAUGUUUAAUCUCAAUACAUGCACUAAUAAUAACAAUAAAUGUCUAGUUAGCAAACUGUAGAUAAAAAUAAUGGGCAAAUUCCACAACAUCAACAAUAAAUGGAAGCAUAAUAAUUACAAUACAAAUAGCAAAUGCAUUUGUAAAACCAGUAAUAGUCACUUUAACAACAAGCUAUUAAGCAGAAUCAAGCAAACACGCAAAACUUAGAAAAGGUGCAGGUUAAUAAUCAGAUAAGUUUACCUGUAUCUCAAAAUAAAAGCAUUAUUGAAAAGAAAAUAUCAGAAUCACGAGAUAAUUAGAAAAUAGAAAUAAAUCAAUCUUCAUCAGGCACCUAAAAUUAAGAAAAAGGUUAAAAGAAAAGACAGCAGAAAAAGAAUGCUAAGUAAAGUGCUCCGUAGCCUGAAGAAGAAUAGAAGAUAUCUCAAGAUGCCAUUGUUGAUUCUGACAUUAAUGAGUAAGUUGAUCAGAAGAAAUUAAAAGCUUAGUAGGAUAGAUCAGCAGCAAACUAGAAGAGGAAAUUCGCCGCCAGAUUCGAAAAGUGUAUGUAGGAUCUUAAAGCUAUGAAAUAAGGUUAGUCUAUCAAUUAAUUCAAACCAAGGUUUAAUUAUGAUCUGUCUGACUAAAUUUGCACCAUUAAGAAGACUGAGUAAGAAUAGUAGAAGUCACCAGAAGCAUAUUAUAAUUUCUAGACAUAGUUAAGAAAUAAUGAACUUUAAGAAUAAAUCAAAGAUUGGGCUAGAGAAGAUGAGUUUUUCUUACAAAGAUAGAGAAUGGAUGUAACACUCUAAGCUACCUAUUAAAACUAUGCAAAUCUAAAGCAAAGAUAAUAUCUGAAAGUCGAAUAGUUGGAGAAGUAGAUAAUGAGUUAAAGCGAAGAUUUACAAAAGCCAGAUAAUAAAAAGACUAGUCAUAAAAAUUAAGAUAAAUCUCAAAGUUAGUAAACUCAACCAAUCAUAUAAAAAAAGAGACAAAAAGUAGUUUCUCAAAGUGAUAACAAUCUAAAAGAGACAACCAAGUCAAUUCUUUCACAUGAAUAAGAUGAAAAGCAGAGGACUUUAGAUAAAGAAGUGCCCACAGAGAAAAAGAUUUCAACAGAUAGAAAAAAAGCUAAUAGUUCUUAGCAGUAACAAUAGAUUUCAUCUUCAGAUAAGAUUUAAGAUAUGAUUUAAAAAGAUCAUCCUUAGAAAUAGCAGUAGUCAAGCUAAAAACUCAAUGUACAAGGGUCACAAAAUUAAAAGACUACUCCUCAAUAGUAAUAAAAUCUGAAUCAAGCAAAUUCUCAAAUUUAGAUACAGCCAUUAUAGUAGUCAUCGAGAGGUAAGAAGGUAAUGACAUACAACCCGAAUGAUUAAAAAAUACUUCCAAAAGAAAGCCAAUAAUCCCUAUAUGAUCCAUAAUCCAUUUAAGCUUCUAAAGAAGAGAGUAUUUACUUACCAACUAAAACUUUGAACUUAAAAAACUAAGAACUGACAGUAUCUUAAAGCAAGAAUCUUAGCAACCAUGCCUCUUAACAACUUUAUUAAAGUAAUUCAAAUUCAAUAAUGGACAAAUCUUAAGGGCAAUCAUUGCAACUUUAACCUCCAUUUAGUGCAAGCAACCCUUAAUCUUCUAUCAUUCAAACACCUCAUGUUUUAUCUUCAACUUCCUCAUAAUACAUAGAGAGUGCAAACACUAAUGAAAAAGCUGAUGCAAUGGCUGUUGAUCUCCACAGUCAUUACUCAACUGAGAGAGCUAUUUCUGACAAACAUAGUUUUACUCAACCUAUAAAUACGAAUAGGAUAUCAUAGCAGAGAUUCACAAACUCGGAAGAUGGCUCGAGAUAGUUAUUACAAAAUCCAGUGUCUCUCACUGAUGAUGAUCAAAAUGCAGGAUCAUCAAAUGUUCAAUAUAAGCAUAAUAAUAUAAGAGGAGUCAGCAAUGGAUCUCCUAAAACCCAUCUUGCUAUGAGAGGUAGUAGAUAAUAUAUGGGUCACAGAAAUAGUCUAUCAAAAAGCAGCCAUAAAUUUGAUUAUGAAGAGAUUGAUGAAGAUAACAGUAUAAGCAUUGGAGCUGAGGGAUCGCUAACACUUUAAAAGAGCUAAGAGUAAACAAGACAACCAAAUUUCGACUUUCAGCAUCAUAACAUUAUUCAACAAUAAUAGAGCAAACUUAUAGAUAGAUAAUUACCAAAUCCAGCUAUUGUAAAUCAAUUCAAUUAAAUGUAGCACUAGCAGCAAAAUCAAAUUUCUUAAAAUUCAUUCGAUCUGUAGCAAUAAUAACAAUACUAACUUAGAUAGUAACAGCAGUAAACAUAGCAAUAGCAGAGUAUAUAAUCACAGCAAAAUUAGAAGUAAUUUUAAAUGCCAUAUCCAGUGCAUCCUUAUCAUACUUUAAGCAAUACUAGCGGAAUGUCAUCUCAAUAGCAGCAGACAACGCACUAAUAGCUCACUCAAUAAUAAUAGUAGUAGCAAUUAAUGGCUGCACAGUAGCAAAUGAGUAUCCAAGGUUUUAGUGGAUACUACAACAAGUAUCAGCAGCAAUAGAUCCUUAGUUAAUAGCAGUAGUAAUAAAAAAUGCAAUCAAUGAAUUUACCUUAAAAUUUGGGAUCCUCUCAACUUAAUGCUAGUUAAAAUGUCUCAAAUUAUUCAGCUUCUUCAUCCAUGGCUUAGUUAUCGAUGCAGCCGCCUUUGCUGAAUAAUUUGUCAAGCAGUACAUUUGGAAAGAGCAAUAGCCAAAACUUUAAUGCAGAAUAAUCACAUCUUAGUCUACAAUAAGCUUAAAAUGAUGUUAUAAGCUCUUAGUUUCAAAUGGGAUCUCCUUCCAGCGUGAAUCUAAAUUCAAACUCAGUUUCAAAUAACUCUUCAAGCGAUACUAUUAAUAAUUUUAACAACUCACCAUAAUUAAGACCUACUGCAGCGAGCGCUUCUAAAACUUCAAUUUAACUCUAGUAGCAAGUUUAAAACUAAAAGUUACCAAAUAUAUCAGCACAAGAUAUGCCUCCAUCUAUUAAUCUAUAGUAGUAGCCUCCUUAAUAAUAAUAUCCUGGAUAUCAAGCUCAUUAGAAUCAAUAACCAACAAAUAUGCAUUAGCCAUAUUAAUAGUAGCCAUAUGGAAUUGGAAUGGAGAGUCCAAAUCAUGCUUAAAGAUUGACUGAGCAGCAGCAAUAGAUGUUGUAGUAUAGGACUUAACAGAAUCAAUAACACCAAUUAUUAUAUCAAGCUCAACAAUAAUUGUUUAUUAAGCAACAUAAUUUAAACCCAAACUAGUUACCUGCUAACUUUCAACAAAUGUUCUACAGCUAAAUGAUGUAAUAGCAAUAAUAGUAGUUGCAAAUGCAACGGUAAUAGUAAUCAAGUGCUACUAAUCUUGGUUAAAUGUAGCAGCCUCCUUAGAUGGGAUAAAACCAGCACUACAUGCCUAAUAGUCAAUCUAAUGCAUACUAUAUGAAUCAGUAAAUGUAGCAGCACCAAUAGUAAAAUAGCUUUACAGACAAUCCAUUAGGAUCACAAAAACCUCUGCUUAGUCCAUUCCCAAAAGAUAAAGGUGGGAUAUGA